AUGACUGAAACUACUACAGUAGAUCCGCAAGUUGCUUACGACUUAAUUACAAAAAAUUUACAAGAAGUUUUAAAUCCACAAAUCAUUAAAAAUGUUCUUGAAGUUGAAAAGAGACAUUUGAAAUUAUACUGGGGUACAGCACCAACAGGUAGACCACAUUGUGGUUAUUUUGUUGCAAUGACAAAAUUAGCAGAUUUUUUAAAAGCAGGUUGUGAAGUUACGGUUUUAUUGGCAGAUUUACAUGCUUUCUUAGAUAAUAUGAAAGCACCAUUAGAAGUUGUUAACUACAGAGCUAAAUAUUAUGAAUGUUCAAUUAAAGCAAUUUUAAGAUCAAUUAAUGUCCCAAUUGAAAAAUUAAAAUUUGUUGUUGGUUCAUCUUAUCAAAAAGGUGGUGAAUAUACUCUUGAUAUUUUUAAAUUAUCAAAUAUUGUUUCACAAAAUGACGCAAAGAGAGCUGGUGCCGAUGUGGUUAAACAAGUUGCAAACCCAUUAUUAUCUGGUUUAAUUUAUCCAUUAAUGCAAGCUCUUGAUGAACAUUAUUUAGAUGUUGAUGCUCAAUUUGGUGGUGUUGAUCAAAGAAAAAUUUUUGUACUUGCUGAAGAAAAUUUAGAAAAAAUUGGUUAUAAAAAAAGAGCACAUUUAAUGAAUCCAAUGGUACCAGGGUUAGGUCAAGGUGGUAAAAUGUCAGCAUCUGAUCCAAAUUCAAAAAUCGAUCUUUUGGAAGAACCAAAAAUUGUUAAAAAGAAAAUUAAUGGUGCUUUUUGUUCUCCAGGUAAUGUUGAAGAAAAUGGUUUAUUAUCAUUUAUUGAAUUUGUUGUUGCACCAAUUCAACAAUUAAAAUUUGGUGAUGAUUAUUUUGAAUUUUUCAUUGAUAGACCAGAAAAAUUCGGUGGUCCAAUUACUUAUAAAUCAUUCCAAGAAUUGAAACAAUCCUUUAAAGAUGAAAAAUUAUCUCCACCUGAUUUAAAAAUCGGUACCGCUGAUGCCAUUAAUCAAUUAUUAGCUCCAAUUAGAGAAGAAUACGCUAACAAUAAAGAAUAUCAAGAAGCUAAUGAAAAGGGUUAUCCAGUAGCUGUACCAGAAAAGACAAAGAAAGCAAAGAAACCAAAAAAUAAAGGUAGUAGAUACCCAGGUGCUCAAAAGACUGAUGAAAAUAUUAAAGAAGUUACAGAAGAUUUAAAGAAGGCUUCAGUAUAA